AUGUCUCCACACAACGAUGCCCCCUCGCCGUCUGGCAGCUACACGGCAGGCUUCAACCGCUUUCCGUUCCGGGCACCAACAAGCACGCCAGCCACGGCCCACCUCGACGUGGCUGAUGUCGGCUUCGAGUCGGCCUCGCCGCUCAGCAGCUCGUAUGACAGCACGUUGCCACUAGGCGACUCUCAUGCUGUUGCCGCUGUCGGCCGCCGCAGAGAAGUCCGUCGGCUGGAGCCCGGCGUGUAUGUGCCGACGGUCUGCUUCUUCGACCCGGAGACUGAAGAUGUUGACACGGACACUGUUGCGCGCCAUGCCGUGCGACUGGCCCGCUCCGGUGUUGCCGGCCUGGCCACACAGGGCUCCAACGGCGAGGCCGUGAUGCUGACGCACGCUGAGCGCCAGCUUGUCACACGCACCACUCGUGUUGCCCUCGACGAAGCCGGCUUCUCUCGCCUGCCCAUCAUCGUCGGUUGUGGCUGCCAGAGCACACGCGAAACCAUUGCAUACUGCCACGAGGCCUGGGCCAGCGGUGGCGACUUUGCCCUGGUGCUGCCGCCCUCCUACUAUGGACCUCUCUUUGCGUCCGAGACGAUCGAGUCGUACUUCAAGGCCGUCGCCGACGCUUCGCCUAUCCCCAUCCUCAUCUACAACUACCCUGGCGGUGCCAACGGUGUCGAUCUAUCGUCCGACGCCAUCGUGCGCCUGUCUGCACACCCCAACAUUGCCGGUGUCAAGCUGACUUGUGGCAACACCGGCAAGCUCGCUCGCGUCGUCGCUGCCACUCGCAAGAUGACCAGCAAACAGUCGGCCGACGAGACGUCGACCAGUCCGCCCUUCCUCGUCCUCGCUGGCUCUGCCGACUUCACUGUGCAGUCGCUGGCGGUCGGUGGUCACGGCAUCCUGGCCGGUCUGGCCAAUAUCGCACCCAAGGCCUGCGUCCGCACCAUGGAGCUCUUCCAGAAAGGUGACCUGGCCGGUGCGCGGGCUAUGCAGGAGACCGUGGCCCAGGGCGACUGGACCGCCAUCCAGGGUGGCGUCAUCGGCGUCAAGACUGGUAUGCAGGCCUGGUCUGGCUAUGGCGGGUACACGCGGCAUCCGCUGCCGCGCCCGACCGUCGAGCAGUCCACAAAGUGGAAAGAGGGCUUCCGGGAACUGGUCAUGCUGGAGAAGUCCUUGUAA